ACAUCACUGAAAGUCGACAGGAGAACAUUGCAUUCCUGAGGGUCACAAUGGAGAAACUCUCUGAGAAAGAGAAGGGGCUGAUCCGGGACAGUUGGGAGAGCCUGGGAAAGAACAAGGUGCCACAUGGAAUUGUUAUGUUUACGAGGCUUUUUGAGCUGGACCCAGAACUACUUGUGCUCUUCAGCUACAACACAAACUGUGGUGUUGCACCUGAAUGCCUGUCCAGCCCAGAGUUCCUUGAUCAUGUCACCAAGGUAAUGUUGGUUAUUGACGCAGCUGUGAGCCAUCUUGAUGACCUACAUACUUUGGAGGACUUCCUGUUAAACCUAGGCAGACAGCAUCAGGCAGUUGGGGUGAAGACCCAGUCCUUUGCUGUGGUUGGAGAGUCUCUGCUGUAUAUGCUUCAGUGCAGCCUGGGUCCGGCAUACACGGCACCGCUGCGCCAGGCCUGGCUCAAUAUGUACAGCUUUGUGGUGUCCGCCAUGACUAGAGGCUGGGCCAAAAAUGGAGAGCACAAGACCAACUGAAAAGGAGGUAGAUGUGAGAUUCACACUGAAGAUAUACCAUACAGUAUGUAACAAACGAUUGCAGAUGUACAGUUACAAAAAAGUAUUUUGAAAGAGUGAAGGGGCUUGAUUUAUUACAGGGAAAAUCUCUUCAACCGAGUUGCGUCGGCUGCCUGAACAGUCCUAACUUUGGUAGCUUGCUCUAACUGUAGUCUGAGAAUGUACGAGAUGUCAGCGAUAACAACGCCUAUACGACAUUGAUAAAUCCAGGACGUAGUUUAUUGUUGAAACUUCAAAGGCAAAAUUUACUUUGUACAUAUAGUCAUGACUAAACGUAUUUCCUUAAAAUAUCUUAAAUGACUGUCUAGAUGUAUUGAUGUUUCAUGUUCAGAGGUUUGACUAUGCACAUACAGGCUUGGUCAUCUUAAAUAGUUUCGGACGCCUCUUGGAAUCUAGAAACGGUCUUUAAAAAAGCUAUAAUUUUAUUUUAAACCUACAUUAAACAGGAUUCAUUUUCUAGUAAACUCAGAGUAGGGGUCAGUAAAGCACAUCAGCAUGGUUCUUAUAAAACAAUUCAAGGGUCGCUAAAGAUCCUUUUGACGUAAAAUAUCACUAGCCAUAAUAAGUUAUUGUUACCAUUGGAUUAUUUGAUCAUAAAAUUUACUUUGACACAAUGAUCGGGACUUCUGGCGAUGAAAGUUGAUUUUGAUGAGAUGAAAUGACGAGAACUGUUACAUCCAAAAUAGCUUUUGGAAUUUUUAGACUGUUAAUUUAUCAGUGUGUGCCAUCUCAUAAGUUUACAUUUCCAUUGUAUGAGAUCAUACUCGAAGCACUCACAUACUCAAAAGCGUACUAACGACAGACUUUUGUAGACUGUUGAUAUUAACUGCUCUUGUGUGGACCUAAAGUGACUGUUACAGUAUAUUAUUUUAGCUAGAUGAUCUAUUCACUUUGAAAUUGUAGAUAGUACAUUUUUAUGUCAACUGAUCCGCUUAGGUGGACAAGAGCUAAGAAUAAUGACUUUUUUAUUUAAUCACCUUUUUGAUGUUUUGUUAGCAAUCAUUCUGAAUAAUAUUUUUUUUAAAGUGUCGUAAUGUUAUUUAAGAACGUACGGACUACAGUACUGUAUCUCUAGAGAUAUAUUUGUCACGAUUAUGAGCUAUAGAAAAGUGUUUAAAGCGAUGAUAACUGUUUUGCUGCUAUCAUUAAAAAAAAUCAAUGUCUUUGUAGAAACGUGGUCCUCUUUGUAUCAGAAAUGUUUCUACAUUGGAAAGGUUCUGGCCAAGUAUCUCAAAAUGCAUAGAGGUAACUGUGUGUCACAGCUUGAUAUGUAAUCUUUUGGUAUGUUACAACUAAUGUGUUACUGUAUAUGAAAGUACCUACUUCAUGUAUAAAAUCUUUUCUGUAUAUUUAGGUGUAUGUGGAUUGAUAAUUUUAUGUAUUGCUAAACAGUGAACUAUGAUACUGUAUUUUUACUUGUGUAAAAUAUACAAUUUUGUCUCUCAAAGACUGCCCUUGCUGAAAAUGUACCACCUGAUGGCUUUCCACUAACCUCUAAGAUGUCAGUCUUUAUGGAAAGAUGGAACUUAUAUAAGGAUGGAAGGGGGUUCUUUGUGAUUAUCUCUGUUUAUUGACCACUGAAUAAUUGUUUAUGUGCAGUGUUUGCCCCUGUGAUUUUCCUCUUGAUAUUCUUACUUAAGUGUCUCAAUGUCUACCUCACUGAAGCAGCUGCUACUGAACAGCGAUGUUAUGACCUGACUCCUCAGUAACCAAAAAAGUGAUACGUCACAAGGGACAUUUUGUUUCUUCAGCCAGUCACAAAUCCAGCAAGCAUCAGGAUAACUGAAGGCUUUAUACUGUAUGUCAACAUAUGUGCGUGAAGCUUAUUUGUAAAACAUGACAUAAAUAAAGAAUAUCUUACA